AUGAAAAAAGGGCAGAGCCGCAGCUGCCGUCGAAGCCUGCCUGCACCACACGCCCAGCGGCGGAGCUCCAAGCCUCCGCCCUUCACCUCUAAGACCUCUGCACGCACCUUUUCAGAGGAGCAGCAGCGCCAAGGAUGUGGUCCACGUCACCAGCCCUCAUCGCAGCGUCGCACCGCGUCUCUUUCGUCACCUCCGCCUGCCGCCGCAACGUAUCUAACCCAGCGGACGAAGACCUCUGCAGACACUUUGACGAGCGAUAACGCCAAUGACGUGCCGACUGCGUUGACCACCUCCUCUUCCACCCUUCUGGCAACUGAUGACUCCGAGGCGAAAGAUGGCAUGCGAAGGCCGCCCUUGAGGCGGCUGAACUCAUCCACUGCCGAGGUUUUGCCCUGCGCUGGUGGUGGAACAGCGCAGCAGCAGACCUCGGCAUUGCAGCAAAGAACAGGUGACAGGAGCGCUCCUCCAGGAGCACGACCUCGUAGGGGGCGGCACCUGACGCCACCGUGGCGAAAGCGCCGUUCGGGUUCUGUACCGUCGUCUUCAUCCCGCACCUCUUCCUCCAGCGCAUUCGACAUGCAGUCCACCAGUCUGAGAAGCUGCCGGAACACAAGCCACAGGGACGCUCGUGAGGAGAAGUGGUCAUGGCAGCGUAAUCUCAAUCGAAACCGGCGUCGAGCCACGCUGACAGCAGCAGGAACGCGUCCUUCUACGUCAUCUGCCACUACGAAAAGCUCGAAAAUGUCGAGGUGGGCGUCAAGAGAACAAUGGAAGGAGCAUUGCCUGACCUCGCGUAGAGCCUACUCCAACACAAGGAGUAUCAGGCCUUCAUCGGCAACAUCGCGAGAUGGCUCAGCGAUGAAGUCACCGAGAACCUCCAGCGAUAGCUGGCCUACUCAGGGAAAAGACUCGAGCCAGAUCGACGACGACGACGCCCUCCUUUCGCCUUUCUCCUCUAUGUCAGGCAAACCCAUCUGUGCCUUCACCGAUGUGCUGCCGCGCGACGUGUAUCUACACAUUUGCGGGUUUCUGACUGAGGUGGACUGCUGCACACUGCUCGAAGUGAGCCUGUGCAUGCACGCCGCCAUCACUAACGCCGACAGCAUUGUAUGGCGCCACAUGUGCAUGUGUACGUGGAUGUACAAACAGGGCUUUCAGACAUUCCUUCAACGCUUACGAGCGCUGGGAGUGUUGGCCCGUCAAGAGGAACUCGAGGUGCAGGCGCUGCAGCAGCACAUGCUUCUGCUGCGCGAACAAGACACCGUCUUCGGUGAGUCCGACGUAUCCGCCACAUGCGACUACGCAACGGUGCUGAUUCGUCGCCGGCAACACGAACGCGCUCAGUGGAUGGCAGCAGCAGCGGCAACAGCAACAGGUGCCGCAACGUCAACGCUGUACCGUACGAGAUCGACGAACAAAGUGAGUAGCGCGACCACCAGCUCGAGCAGCAUAACGCAAAGCGACAGUGGUAGCAAGACAAGCAUCCGUGGCAGUCGCCACAGGCGCCGUCAGAGCCGACGCCGUCACAGGAACGCGAGGCGCAGCACCACCGCCACACAAUCGACGUCACAGCGCAGUGGAAACGUGUGUGUUGCAGCAGAGAAACAGGCCACACACGCGGCACGGCGCGCAGAGUCAUCAGCACAGAGGCUCGAAUCCCGCUCGACGACAGCCACCGCCACUUCGAGGGCAUCGCGAAGUCGUCACAAUCGCAGUGAUCGCUUCCGUGACAGCGAAGGUACAUCUGAACACUUCACUCGCUCCCGCCCACCACGGACUUCCCCGGCCGGGUCAUCGACGAAGGAAUCAACAUGCAACAGCAAGCACUACAAACAGGCCUAUCUAUCAGGCCCUCACCACACUGACGACUCCGCAGACCCACUGCACGCAGACGACUCUAACGCAUGCGAGAAAGGGUGCAGCACCACGCGCCGUCCGCCUCUGUCGUCGUCUCCCUCAAGCAGGCACACACACACCUCGGAGCCACGUGAAAAGGAGAGCGGCGACUCUUCUGCGUUGCUGGACUUAGCGAAUGCAUCAGAUGACGAAGAAGUGCAGACAGAGGAGCAUCGCUCCACUGGUGAUAGUGAGACAGUUGACAGAAGGGAGCGGCGGGUGCGCAUUUGCCUUCCAGAAGCGGAGGCUGAGGUGAACGACAACGCGAACCUGGCAAACACGUCUGUGCUCGCUGCACGCUCUGGUAGCGAUUCUCGUCACCGCAGGCGCAGCCACCGCUCUCUCUAUGGCAGUCCGCUGUCCCUGACGCACGACCAUCGCCAUCAUCACCGACAUGAUGGUUCGCCACGGCAGCAACAGAAGCAGCGUCGUCGCCUGCAGCCGCAAGGCUGCAGGCAACGCCGCAGCCACCGUGAGAAACGCCGCAAGUCAGCCCGGCAGCGUCGACGGAAGCGUGGCCGCAGUCGAGGUCCGCGCUCGACCGGCGGCGGCGGCGGUCGGCACCGCUCUCAACAGCACCGCGGUCAGAGCCGCCAUCACCGCUCCUCAUAUCACCAUCAUCACAAUCCCAAAUCAACGAAGAGCUCGCGACGGCGGCGACGUCGUCAGCGUAACGCUGCAGCAGCUGCGGCAACGGAUCACACUGGGAGCAGCACGUACUUCUAUCAGACUGCAACAUAUGAGGCCAUCAAGAGCACCACCCCGGUGCUAGCAGCGCAGCAUGUUGCGCCUUCCUCGGUUCCCUUUAAGCUCGGAGGACCAUCGAUGCCUUCAGCGAGCGGCGCAGAGGCUGUCGUGCCUCACAGAUGCAGCAAAGCGCAACCGCAUCCGUACCAGCCUUGCAGUAGUGAAAUCCACGCGUGCGAGACGUCCGCUGCUGGCACACUCCCGCCGCUAGCAGCCCCACUGAAGAGCAGCAGCAAUGUAGUUCAGAGGGCGACGCUGGAAGCUCAGAAAAUGUGUUCAGCUUCUUAUCAGGUGACGAUACCCCAAGCAACACUAACUGCAUCCAGUGCUGCUGUGGCGUCCUCCGGCACAGGCUCAAACGAAGAAGGGCUGUACUGGUGGCAGCUGACGCCUGAAGCUCGUCAACGCCAGCUUCGCCGCAUGCAACAACGAGAGCUCCAGCAGCAGGCCGCAUCCAGCGGUGGGUUCACUGCGCAAGCGGUGUCGUCUUUGCAGGACGGGGAUGAGCUGGCAGACGAAGCGGCGCUGCGGGAGUGGGAUGAACUGGAGGCCUCCUCCUUUGGAUCUUCGAGUGGCACCAUCGACAAGGAGGACUCAGACGCGACCCAGGAAAGAGAGAGGGAGGAAGAAUACAGCGAUCGAAACAGCGCCUCCGUCACCUCUGACGAUACUGAGGGGAGGAGUGAGCUCAACACCGACGAAGGCGAGGGCGAACGAGAAGGUAACACCAACAGCAGCGAUUAUCGUCGUCGCCGUCAUCAAAGUCGCAAAUCGUGGCGAACUCAGAGCAGGUCGGCAAGGGGCUCAAUCACUAAUGGCGACACAACGCUCACGGCGGGGUGUCGCCACCGCUCGCGCCGCCAACGACACAGUGAUGACGAGGGCACUUCCUCGUCCGCCUCCUCCUGGAGCCACGCCUACACCGCCCCCUCCUCAGUCUUCAAUGACGAAAGCGCCACCCCUCCGUGCGGGGUUAGGAGUGAGAAAGAGCAGUGGACGCACACAGGCACACGCGGAGCAGCAUCCUUGCCGCAUCCGCGCUGCACGUUGAGCGACGCCACGGACAAGGGUAGAAGGAGCGAUGGCGCUGGUGCUGGUGGCGGGAGAUCGGAGGGUGUAGCUGACAGGUACGAUUCCGACGAAGGUGCGACCACUGCGCCGAGCACGGCCGCAUCUGCUCUCAGUGAGGCUGACAAUGAACUCAUAGCAGGCAGCAACAAAGGCAGUAGCCGCAGGCGAGAACUUCCUUGUAUGCGCCGCGCCUGUCACCCCUACACCUCGCCCGGCAUCUCUGUAGCGGCGCCAUUGUCUUCCUCAUCCAGGGCAGAGAUUCGUGCGGAGCGGCGUGCUGCCAAGGCCUUGGAGAAGCGGUACGAAGGCAUUGAGGAGGCAAUGGUGAUUACGCGCUCCAAGAGCGUGCUCAUCCACACGCUGGAGAAGCAAACUCACGCACACUUGCCACACCUUCUCGCAGAAGCAGCGCAGAGACAGCAUCGGUUAAUGAUGAUGAACACGCGACCCGCUGUCGCUGCCACAGCUGCUGCUGCCCAGCACGCUGACCCCUCUCUCAUGUCUCCUACAGUUGCACUACAUCGCGGAGCUCCGGAGUUCCCCGAUGCGGCAUCGGCACCGGCAGCACGUGCCAUUAUUCUGAUCGGGCCCGGCAGCAGCGACUUCAACGGCUGGGGUGCGUCGACGACGCGGCCAGCGGUUGUCUCACUUACUGCACCGCCAGCAUCGCACCUCCCCUCCUCUCUCGACAACUCCUUCGCCACUGUCGCAGCAGCAACCUUGGCUGUGCCCGCGUCGCCGCUACACCAGCUCGCUCGUAUCAGCAGCUCCAACGCCCUGAUCAGCUCGGGCGGUGAACUCGGCGGGCGUGCGAGCAGCACGAUGCCAUGUCAAGAUGCCUUCCCCCCCUCUCCAUCCACCAACCGUACCGCUAGCCUAGUUGCAGACACGACAGGCAGCGGCGGCGGUGGCGUUGGAACCGCAGCUCGCGCGCUCCCACAAAGCCUUUUGGAGUAUCAUCGCACACCUGCUGCAGCAGCUGCAGCUGUCAGUGACAGUGGUGUCAGUGGAGGUGAACCGUCCAGCGCUGCCGGCGCACCGAUGCAACCGACUAACAACGACGAGGCUGUCGACGAGGAGGAGGAGCAACUCGCCCCCGUUUCGUGGAAGUUUGCCUUCUUUAUGUCUCGUCGCGAGGCGCGGCGGGUCAAGAUCACCCUGCAGGACCUUAUAGAGGGGAUGUGGGUGGUGUGCUUCCGCAGCAGCGGCCGAACCCACCCAAUCCGCUUUGUCCGGCAGAACCAGGUCUUUGUAUAUCCACCACUCCCCACCGUAGAAGAAGAGGAAGAGCAGCGGCUGCGACAGAAUGAUCUGGCAUCGAGCGAGGUUGAAAACGAGGCCAAUCAUACCACCACAACGGCAACCGCAACUCACGCGACCUCGGCAGCGCCACCGUUGCCCUUUCACAUCCUGCAAGGCGGGGCACAGCUGGUGGUGCACCAAUUCCCACCCAUGAAAGUAAUGCGGCGGAACGCUGGAACGCUGGCCAGUACUGCUGCUGGGGGCACGCCGGCGGCGGCGCCAGUUCCCUUGGUCAGUGCCCCGGCGGCCGCGACAGUGACGCCAGCAAUGAUGGCAGAGAGACGAUUUCUUGCAGAGCCGCAGGCAACCUUGUGCAAACUGCAGUUGCGCAUGCUCUCAUCCGAUGCCCACGACGCAGCCACAUUCGAGGCAAUGACGUGCGGUGGCGUCACUGGUGACCUUGCCACCGCCAGCCGUGCUGUCGAUGAGAGAGACAGCGAGUGUGCUGGCAGAAACUUUGGCGGCCGAUACUGCGACUACUUUGACUCAUGCGACACCACUGUUAUACCCUCCACAGCCACGACGAACGAUGUGCGUCCCAUCAUUGCGCAACGACUUGGGUUUUCUGCAGCCUACAUGAGCGAGGUGCUUGGUCAACCUCCUGUUAGGCCUGAAGCAGAGCAUGCCAGUGGAGGUGCCACAAUGCGCCGCGGAUGCAGCGCCGCCGCCUCCCAAACUGGACGGCGACGAGUUUUCUACGGCCCACUUACGCGUCGCGAGUGCGAAGCCCAGCAGCGGCGUGAGGCGUGCUUUGCACCAGGCGGGGCCGGUGAUGUGUUGAAUGAUUGGGGCUGGACUAUCACAAGUCAGCACGUGAAGAUCUUCUCUUUGGACGUCACCCCUCCCUUGUAUGUGAAACGACUGCAGCGAGUUGCUGAUGUGGAAGUCAUCGGCCGUAGUCGGGGCAGGGAGCACGACACGGGCACUUCGUAG